AUGCCUGCAGCGGAAUGGAGAGUUAAUAAGGAAUUUUUCUUGCUGGUUGCAGCGCUUCUGGGCUCUAUCCUCCCGGGGACAACCAGCAGUGCUGAGACCCAAGACCGUUGGGAAAGCCUUCAGGAAGUUUUGCGAAUGACUGCAAACGCAGUCCAGAAACUGGAGGAGAGGUCGGCGCUGUGCAAAGUAAGUUUGUUUCUUUGCGCAGCCUGGGAGACGAAGGUAAACAAAGACCUUCCCAGUUGCUUUCCUGUGGAAAACGGCCAGGUAUGCCUGAAAGGCUAUGUUCCGGACGAAGCUUUGGACUUGCCGCGGCUUCAAAGGAACGCGGAUUUUCAUUUGGGAGAGUUCGACAGAGCAGAAGGGGACUUAGCAGCUCUUAUGAGCCAUUGCCGUGAGAGCGGCUUUGAAGAUUUGCUACAGGACAUGACCAUGGCUCAAAACGCUUUGGCUAUGGUUGUUGAUAAGCUGAGCGGCAGGACACUUCGUGUCUACGGACGCUUGGCAAAGCGCGCCUGCGGGUGGAUGGGGAAAGCAGCUAGCAGUGGUCCAUGGGCUUGCUUCGAGCAAAAACCUUUAGAGGUGAGGCUUCACCACUUGAAGCGCCACGAAAGUUCCAAGGGACACCAGGAGGCCAUCGCAAAACACCAAGGGGUUCAGAGCGCUGGCUUUGCGCCAGACCUGCAGCUGUUUCAAGACAGUUUGCAUCGCAUGCGCUCCGGCGGAAGUGCUCGUGAUGGCGGAGUUUAUUCUGACAAGAAGCAGCAAAUCAGAUGGUGCCUGGCAGAAGCGGUCAUGGACAAAGGGCGCCAGAUCUUGCGAGACGCUUCCGCCAUCGCAGUGACGCGGGACGAGCGGAAAGGACGACUCCUCAUUCGCUGGAGAGCAUGCACUCCCAAUCUGACAUCAGCUUCUGGAGUCUUGAGCUUUCAUCCUGUGGAUGGGUCCGCAGAAGAUCUUGCAGAAAGUACCAAGAAAGCUGUGCAAGAAUACUGUCGGCUUCGCAUUUGUUUGCCUCGUGGUUUUAAGGAUCCGCAGCCGGGAGAGGACGACCCAGCAGCGGAAGCAAACAUUAAGAAAAAAACAGGCAUAUUAGUGACUGAUGGGGCGGCUCCCGAGGUGCUCGCAUCGGGCUUGCUAUCUGGCCGGCGGCCAUACGCCAAAAGCAGUUCGUGCGAGACAUACAUGGAAGGCGUGAAGGUCAUCAGCCGAGAUACACCACAUGCAAGCACCAGGCUUCUAAAGAGGCCAUUCAAAGCAAGUCCGGAAUUGGACAAGCUGAUGACCGAAUACGUCAGCGGCACAGAUUCCUUCGCACAGAAAGUCUUCCAUAGCCCCAUGCUGACAACCUGGUGGAAGGAAUUGGUGACUGAGGACAAUGACGGGCUCACCAGCAUGUGUGCUGCGAAGCAUCGUUUCGCGUCGUACUUCAUUCCUCUUAGCCGGAUUGCUCACAAUUUUCCCUCGGUGGUGAAACUGUGUCAGAAGGUCGCUAUCAUCCGUGCAUCUGGGGGAGAGUGGGCGUCUCACCUUUUGCAGCAGCUGUCUGGCAAAAAAUGUUUGCUCGUGGCCAUGGCUGCUGAUGCCGCAGCGAGCGUGCAUGAGCUGACUCGAAGUUUCGACGAUGAGUCUUCGGAUGUGAGUGAAACAAAUGCACGCAUUGAGAACUUUGCGCUGGGAAUUCAAGUGCUGUUUCAUUCAGAACGGGUGAUUGAAUUGCCUACAUUUACCAAAACGCUGUGCGAUUCUUUCGCGCGGUCUCCUUUGCAUUUUUUGCAUCACGGCAAUGUCAUGGAAAUUGCAAUAACGGAGCACGACAAGACGUAUGCGAUCAAGGUGAUGAAGGAAUGGACAUCCGUGACCUUGACGGUUUUGGAAGCGGAAUUUCCAGCUUGGUAUUUGCUCAGUGCUUUCGACGUCUUUCACUUGGGUGGAAAACGGGCAGAAACGAAGCGAGGUCUUGGGCAGGAGGAAGCUUUGAAGAAGCUGGCAAAGGUGUUUCAAGUCAACGAAGUGGAGCUGCGGACACAGUUUGUUUCCAUUCUUCCGACUGCCGAGGCGUUCCAGAAGAGGAGUGGCUUGGACAACCGAUCCGCCUGGGCUAAUGCAUUGAAUCGCCUGAGCACAACUUCGCCAAUGAGACGGAAGUAUCCUGCAACCGCGCUCAGAGAGGUGGUGUCGCACUUCAUUGCCUGGACUGCAACUAGCUCUGGCUGCGAGCAGAUGUUCUCACAUCUGAAGCGCAGCCCAGCUGAACUUGCGAGUUCCAAAAUAGACACCGACCGAAGACUGGCAGUCGUGAUUGGAAGCGAUUCCCAAUUUGACCACGAAGUGCUCGAGCGCGCUCGAGACAUGUAUGGCAAGAUGCUGCGUUCUGGGCGCGCCCGGACACAACUGAGAGAAACCCGCGUAGAUGCUGGACGCGCUGGCUCGCAAAAAGACGGCUCUCACAAAGGUUGGAUGAGAAAGCGAAAGCAGGCGGUGGACAAGGCUGCGCAGGAAGAGGAGUUGCGAACACCACAACGACGAAGGCCUCCAGUGGAGCUGCCAGAAAGUUUGGCAAAAGAAGAGGCGAAGCAAAAGGCCUUGCUUCGAAAGCGUAAAACAGAGGCAUUUCUGGAAGGCACUCUGUUAGAUUCAGAAAUCACAGACGAUUUGAAGGACGAGGCAGAAAAAAGAAAGAAAGUCGACGAACAAAAUGACCGGCAACGCUGCAAGGCAUAUGCGGCUAUGACCAAGUCGGUCCAUGUGGCUAAGCAUGGAUUGGCUGCGAGAAGUGCAUUGCAGAACUUGCCUGUGCCUGCGUUCUUCUUGGAAGGCAUCACGGACAUACGGCAAGCACAGCUUUUGAUUGUGCCCUCUGCAGAGAAUCUAUCACGCACGAACAAAUUGAUAGCAUCUCUUUUCGGUUGCGUGGUGCUCUCUGCAUCGAUCCUUCGGGGUCAAGCAGGCGCCAAGUUGUCCUACACUGCUGGACUUCGUCGCAAGGUGCGUGUCUUUGCAAGUGAUGCAUUUCAGCAGGAAGCACCUUCCCUGACGGUGGUCCUUCGCAACGUUUGCGAACGACCUGACUCCGAUUGGCAAGCGGUGUCCUUUCAGGAUGCGAGACGAAAGGAUGGUUGGAAAUGGGGCAUCGUCUUGCGGGGCGCAACGGAAAAUGUGCCCAAGAACAACACAAAUUCCAAGAAACUGCUUUGUCUGACUGGGAACGGGUUAGUUGCCUGGGCAACGAGGGAGUUUGCCCUUCCUACGGGAAGAUAUGGAAGCGAAUUGCUCGCUUUGCGGUUGUUGGGGCUGCAGAAAAAAGCUCAAUUGAUAAUGACUUGUGAGAGUUGUUCCAAGAAGCGCGCAUUGCACGAUGUCAUGGUCAAAAUUUGCGGGUUUGACCCUAGUCGAGAGGAUUUCCAAGAUAUCUUCCGGAGAGAUAACGCAUCGGCACCUCGCGCAGAUUUGUACAUCGCCGGGUACCCCUGUCCGAGCUUUUCGCGGAUGGGGAAGAGGGCAGGUACAAAGGAUGUACGGGGUAUGGUAACCCUACAGGGCUUACUGUACAUCGCUACCAAGCGUCCACGGACGCUGGUUUUGGAGCAGGUUGCUGCUUUGAUGCAAGAUAAACAGCAUAGACAGGUGUGGACCUUUCUUCAAAAGGUUCUGACAGCCCUUGAUUACACCUUUGCUUAUGACAUUGUCAAUACAAGACACAUGGGAAUACCGCAGAGCCGCCCGAGACUCUACCUCUUCGCGGUAUGCCGCGAAUCUGUGACUGGACCCUUGUCAAUGCCAACGGCAAGGGAACAUCAUCCUGACUUGCACACGUUCAUUAACAAGAGUUUAGUUGGCAACGAGAAACUGCAAUUGCCAACUUACGAACAGAAGUUGGGCAAGGCCCUUUGGCAGCAAGGUGUGCCAGAGCAGGUUGUCACUGCUUUGCUGGAAGGUGCUAAAAGUCUUCCAAGCCGGACUGUAGAAGAAAGUGCAGGCGAUGGGAUGUCCAUCAAUGUUCUCUUCCUCGUUUUGAGGCGCUGUUUGGACGUGCACAGCUCCUUUGGCAUCAUGGCCGUUUCCAAGGAAAGCCGCGACAAGGCGCCAGUGACGCCUGAGGGACGUCCUCGAGAUCGGUCUCAGAGCGAGGAAUCUCGCGAUGGACCGGGCCGGGAGGAACGCGCCAGGAAAGAUGACGACCCAGAGCGGCGCCAUCGGGACAACGACGACGACAGACGCCGUGCAGACGACGACGACAAGCCUGAGGGCAGAGAGGCGUCUGAGGAUGUCAGGGCUGCCAAGGAUAAAUAUGGCAGCAACGUCUGUGAGACGUGUAAAAAAGAAGUCCGUGGUGGCAAAGCCGGCAUGAGGCUGCACAAAGAGACCAGUAAGUUUCACUGGCAAUGUGUUUACUGGCAGCGCGGCAUGCCGUGGGAGCAAGCCAAAGCACGAGCCGCGCGCGAGUGGGAGAAGGCCAUGUCGCCGAGCACGGUCCCCAACCGCCCGCGUCGUUGCCGUGAUGAUGACGACGAUGGCGACAAGGGCGACCACAAAUCGGCGCCCAAAUUGCGAAGCCGCAGCCGCAGCCGCGGAGCUGAAAAGGGCAAGUCUCGCCGCCGGAGCCGAGACACUGAGAAGGACAAGUCUCGCACCCGGCGCGGCCGCUCUCGCUCCCCUCGCCUCCGGAAGGGAAUUACCGAAGACAAGGAGAACCUGGUGCUGCGGCACGCUGCGCUGAUCCAGAAGGAGCGUGCCUACCGCGAGAAAAAAAGGGAAGAAAAGAAAGCAGCUUCGGCUGCAAAGGCUCCUGCAAAGGCUCCGGCCCAAAAAAAGAAGGAUGACGAUGAAACGUCCGGGUCGUACGAGUACGUCACCGAGACCGAGGACGAUCUGGAGGCCGGAAAAGCCAAGCAGGCUCAGCAGGCGGCUUCCGACAAAAAAAAGGAGCGCCUCAACGCAGCCAAACCCAAAGUGGCCCCAGUGCCCGUGAAGCCAGCGUCCACGGCUGCUGGCUCGUCUUCGGACGGGAAAAAGAAGGCAUCGGCUUUGGCCAGCGAGGGCCUUGGCUGGUUACAGCCAUCGCUGGCCACAGUGCCAGCAACACAGCCAAGGCUCUGGCUUUUUGGCGACGACGAGGUUUUUGUUCCUUGCGUCAGCACGGCAGAGCUGGAACAACGAGUUGCUGCCGGGGAAGAUGAAUCCAAAGUUAAGAGAGAACUGCAAGAAAAGAAGGCGCAAGCAAAUGAAGACCGCAAGGCUGCGGCCCAAGCGGUCUCGCAAAAAUGUCAGCUGCAGGCACAAGCCUUAGUCAAGGCGAAAGCAGGGCCAAAGGCAGCCGCCAAGGCGGCAGCAGCUGCUCAGUCCAACCCCCCGGGCAAUGGCACUGACGAGCUGAACGACGCUGCCAACAAGUCCUAUUAUUGUCAAGUGCAAAGCGAUAUUCAGGCGAUAUUGGCAGAGUUUGGAGGUGAAGCGUUCCGGCAGGAAUUGCCCCUGCCCAUCACGGGCGCAAAGGACUCCGGGGUCCAAGACCCAUUCUGCAGGACGAAGGCGUUGCAAGCGUUGGACGCAAACGCUUGUUAUCGUUGUUCAAUCAGCAUAUGGUGGGUCAGCGCCUUGCAAUCGCCUACUCCUGGAGUCCCCAUGAGUAGGCGACGGGUUGAGGACCUCUCCGAGUUCACCUUCGGGGCGACUGGAGAAGCAAAAUUUCAUAGUGACAAGAUGUUGGAAAUUGCCGUUUCGAGGUCUGACCUGGACACGGACAAACCAAAUGGAUUGCAGCUCGUCUCUCCGGAGGAAACCCUCCAUGCCACCUUUUGCGGCUGCGCUCGUGCCAUUCAGACGCGUGACCUUUCAGAAGAAGAUUGGAAAGAGAAGAAAGCACGCUGGCGGGCUGUGCUCUUGUCAGUGCCGUGCACAUUUUCGAUCAUUGCAGCACAAGAUAUCUGGAAGAUAUCUUACAACAAGAGGCAAGCUGUGCUCCAGGAGCAUGAAAGCCUUUCGCGCACUGCCAUGCAGGUGUCGAUGGAGGAGUUGUUGAAAGCAGGUUUGCAACCCGUUGUGGGUGGCAGCAAGCAAGACGAAGAGGAGGCAGAUGGCGGCAGCCUGACACCUACCUUUAUUACCCAAGCGCUGAACGUCCACAAGUCUGUGAUGAGCCAGCCCAGAUGCGUGGAAUUGCUCAUGGACCUGGAGCAUCGCUUCGAGACCCGAAGUUGUUUUCACAAGCUUUCGAAGCUUAACGUCCUUGCGCAGAAACCUGCUUCAGCCAAAUCUCGGAUUUGGGUGUUGGAAAGUCUGCAUGACUGGUUGUCUUACGGGAUGAUCAAAGUCGGUGACGUCAGCAAAGCAGUGUUGCAAGGUGACAGAACACAUUGUGGUUUUGUCUCACUCUUUGAAGCGAAGCAAAAGGUUCUCAACUACUUGCACGAAGACCUUCUUCCCAAAGCAGGUGUUCUGGAGUCAGACAGAUCCUUGCUGAAGGAAGCCUCAGCGGACCACGCCGCUUUCCGGUCACACAGUGGAGAUGGUGGUGAAGUGACUUGGCAGGCGCGCCUGCAAAAGAGCGGCAUUCUGAUCUUCGAACUUCUGGAGGACCUGGUCUAUGGACGCAAAUUUGACCAUGGUAUCCGCCAAGCUGCAAAGCUGGGCGGUACACCUGAGCAAGUUUUUGAACAGGAGCCAGUCAAAGAGGCAUGGCAGGCUAUCGUUCGGGAAAUCGCUAAGGAGUUGGAAGAGCGCAACGCUUUGCAACGGAAAGCGGAAGAGGAGCCGAGACAGGAGGAAGAAGAGCUGGCGACAGUCCGGAAAGCACCAACCAGCUUUCCUUUGCACAGCGCCAGCUACUGGCGCGCAGUGGCAAACCAGACAGUGAGGACGUACAUCACACUGGUGCCCGAGCCCAAAACGCAGGAAGGCGUUGUGACUGCCAUUGAACAGUCUUCCUUGAAGUCCAUUGCUGGCACUCAAGGUUCAGACUCCGUGCUGGUAUUCUUAGACAUGGACUCGUUAGGUGAGUCGCAAGGACCUGGUGCGUGCAAGCUAUUGCGCCGGAAGUUCACGGCGGACCUCCCACUUCUGCGAAAACUCAUUCAAGGGGCGAUGCUCGCUCGUGGAAGUCAGAAACGUGAAAAUUCGGAAGCGACUCGGGUCGUUGAAGGCGACUUAGUCAUGAUUCAUGACGGACUGGGGCACCCAGGAGGGGUGAAGGAGGCGAAGAACAUGUUUCGCCUCUCAAGUGCGAAAAAGGAAGCCGAUCUUGACUCCGAAGUGAGAGAAGUUUUGAUUGUUUUCGAUGACGAAAGCAUCAGACAGAGAAAGCAAAGAGUCAAAGGCUCCUAUACAUCCCACACCACUCUGCUGGUGGCCAGCGCCGCGCCUUUGGCGCAAAGCGUGCCUGAGAGGGCUUACGAGCACCAUCCGGGGCACACUACAUCAAAUAUCGUCCACGGUGUCAAGGCUCUGGCGCCGGCUGACAUGUGGUUUGCAAGCAGGACCGACAAGAUCGCCCUGCUCACUCCGGACCGGUGUGUCGACAUCACAGCUGAGGCUGCAGCAAAGGCAGGGGAUGCCACCUCGGUUCCUGAGAGCAUAUUCAGUGCUGCGCUGCUUCCUGUCGAAUUCUUUCGGGACGUGUUACGCGGACACGCGGCAAAGGGCAUGCUUGACUUGUCAGCGAGCCAGGGGUGCGCAGCUCAAUCAUGUCUUCUUGAAAGGCUGCCUUACGUAGGCUUUGUGCUGUCCGAACACCACGCCAAGCGCUUGGAAGUGCAACUGACGCAGUUCAUUGUCGAUGAAAUGCAGCGUGAGGGGUCGUCACACUAUCGACCAGAAGCAGCCCAAGCAACUUCGGCAGGCAAUGAGAGCGCUGAGAAACAUGCCUCAGGGGGCAACGUGCAGCCAAAGAAAAAGAACAAGAAACAAGAGGAUGGGCAAGAGGAAACACAGCCCAAGAAGAAACCGAAGAAGACCAAGAAGGAUGAGGAAGAAGAAGCCGGAGGAGAAGAAAAUGAGGGAGAAGAAACCGGAGAGAACAAAUCUCCGCUGCCUUGGUAG